AUGGCUGAAUUUUUAUGGACUUUUGCUGUUCAGGAAGUUUUGAAGAAGAUUGUGAACUUUGGAGCAGAGCAAAUUAGUUUGGCAUGGGGUUUGGAGAAGGAGUUGUCCCACUUGAAAAAGUGGUUACUCAAAGCGCAAACAAUCUUAGCAGACAUUAACACAAAGAAAUCACACCAUCAUUCUGUUGGGUUAUGGGUGGAAGAACUUCAUGAUAUUAUCUAUGAAGCUGAUGAUUUGUUAGAUGAGAUUGUUUAUGAACAAAUUCGACAAACUGUGGAGCAAACUGGUAAACUUAGAAAGGUACGUGAUUCUAUCUCACCAUCCAAAAAUUCCUUUUUGUUUGGUCUCAAGAUGGCCAAGAAAAUGAAGAAGAUUACCAAAACUUUAUACGAACAUUACUGUGAGGCAAGUCCUUUAGGACUAGUUGGUGAUGAAUCCACCACAGAAUCAGAGGCUGCACUUAAUCAGAUUCGGGAGACAACCUCAAUUCUUGACUUUGAAGUUGAAGGAAGGGAAGCUGAAGUCUUGGAGAUACUAAAAUUGGUGAUUGACUCUACCGAUGAAGAUCAUAUCUCUGUGAUAUCCAUUGUUGGAAUGGGUGGUCUUGGAAAAACAACUUUGGCCAAGAUGGUUUUCAAUCAUGAUGCCAUUAAAGGACAUUUUGAUAAAACUGUAUGGGUUUGUGUGUCUAAACCAUUUAUUGUGAUGAAAAUUUUGGAAGCAAUCUUUCAAGGUUUAACGAAUACUAGUAGUGGUUUGAACUCCAGGGAGGCCUUGCUUAAUCGACUCCGAGAGGAGAUGCAAGGAAAAAAGUAUUUUCUUGUGCUUGACGAUGUUUGGGAUAAAGAGAAUUGCUUGUGGGACGAGCUUAUUGGCAAUUUGAAAUAUAUUGCUGGAAAAUCUGGAAAUAGUAUUAUGGUGACCACAAGGAGUGUAGAAGUAGCGACCAUGGUGAAGACAGUUCCCAUUUAUCAUCUAAAAAAAUUAUCGGAUGAUCAUUGUUGGGCGUUGUUAAAAAAAAGUGCAAAUGCAAAUCAGCUGCAGAUGAAUUCAAAGUUGGAGAAUACGAAAAAUAUUUUGGUUAGAAAAAUUGGUGGUGUACCACUCAUUGCAAAAGUUUUAGGUGGGGCAGUAAAGUUUGAAGAAGGUGGGUCUGAGAGUUGGAUGGCAAAAAUUGAAAGCUUUGCGAGAAAUAUUUCAAUAGAGGACAAAGAUUUUGUUUUGUCCAUAUUAAAAUUAAGUGUAGAGUCUCUCCCUCAUUCUGCAUUGAAGCAAUGUUUUGCUUACUGCUCAAAUUUUCCUCAAGAUUAUGAAUUUGAUAAAGAUGAAGCAAUCCAAAUGUGGAUAGCCGAAGGAUUUAUUCAACCCGAACAAGAAAGAGAAAACUUGACAAUGGAGAACAUAGGAGAAGAGUAUCUUAACUUUUUAUUGUCUCGCUCCUUAUUUGAAGAUGCCAUUAAAUAUGAUGGAAGAAUUGUCACCUUUAAGAUUCAUGAUCUAAUGCAUGAUAUUGCUUGUGCAAUUUCAAAUCAUCAUAAGAUGGACUCAAAUCCUAUUAGUUGGAAUGGAAAAAGUACAAGAAAGUUGCGCACAUUAAUUUGCGAGAAUGAAGAAGCUUUUCAUAAAAUUCAGACUGACAUUAUUUGUUUGCGUGUGUUAGUCUUAAAAUGGUUUGACACUAAUACCUUGUCGACUAUUAUGGACAAAUUGAUACAUUUGAGAUAUCUUGAUAUUUCAAACUGUAAUAUAAACAAGCUUCUUCGAGAUUCUAUUUGUGCACUUUAUAAUUUACAAACGCUAAAACUUGGAUAUAUUGAAUGUGAUCUGCCGAAGAAUUUGAGGAACUUGGUUAAUUUGAGACAUUUAGAAUUUAAGAAAUUUUUUGAUAUGGGACAAAUGCCUUCACAUAUGGGCAACAUGAUUCAUCUUCAAACACUAUCUGAGUUUGUAGUUGGACUUGAGAAGGGUUGUAAAAUUGAUGAGCUUGGACCGUUAAAAGACCUCAAAGGUACACUAACUCUUAAAAAUCUACAAAAUGUGCAAAAUAAAGACGAGGCUAUGGCUGCAAAAUUGGUGGAAAAGAAGUAUUUACGUCAUCUAAUCUUUCAAUGGUUUCUAAAUCUUUAUGAUAGAGGAGAAUAUGAUGAAGAUGAUAACAAACAAGUGUUGGAAGGACUUCAGCCACACAAAAACGUACAGUCAUUGGACAUUAGAGGCUUCCAAGGAAGAGUUUUGAAUAAUAAUAUUUUUGUUGAAAAUUUAGUUGAGAUACGUUUGGUUGAUUGUGGAAGAUGUGAAGUGCUUCCUAUGCUUGGACAGUUGCCCAACUUGAAGAAACUUGAGAUUAUUUCAAUGAACAGUGUGAGAAGUAUAGGCAGUGAGUUCUAUGGAGUUGACUGUAACGACAGAAAUUCUUCUGCUUUUCCUCAGCUGAACAAAUUUCAUAUUUGUGGGUUGAAGAAGCUACAACAAUGGGAUGAAGCAACGGUUUUUGCAUCAAAUCGCUUUGGAUGUCUAAAAGAACUUAUUCUUUCUGGAUGUCAUCAAUUGGCAAAAUUGCCAAGUGGGUUAGAAGGGUGCUACUCCAUUGAAUAUUUGGCCAUCGAUGGGUGUCCUAAUUUAAUGCUAAAUGUGCAAAAUUUGUACAACUUGUAUCAUUUAGACAUUCGUGGGUUGAAAAGAUUGCCAGAUGAAUUUGGUAAGCUCACUAACUUGAAAAAAUUGAGAAUUGGUGGAUGUAUGCAAAACUAUGAAUUUAGUCCCUUCAUACAUUUAUCUUCUCAGCUUGUUGAACUUGAGUUGACUGAUGAUGGGUCAAGUGGUAGUGAAACAACCCAACUUCCCCAACAACUUCAGCAUCUGACCAACUUGAAGGUUUUGAAGAUUGCAGAUUUUGAUGACAUUGAAGUUCUACCAGAAUGGUUGGGAAACCUUACAUGUUUGGCAACAUUGGUUUUCCUCGAAUGCAAAAAUUUGAAAGAGUUACCUUCGAGAGAGGCCAUACAACGAUUAACCAAAUUAGAUGAUUUGGUGAUCGAUGGAUGUCCCAAACUACUACUAGGGGAAGGCGAUCAGGAGAGGGCUAAACUUUCUCAUCUCCCAUCAAAAUGUGUUCGUUACAAUAAUUUUGGUUUUAGAUGUUAG